UUGAAAAUCAAGGUCCUCUCUCUCUCCUCUCUCACAAAACCCGAGAAGUCAAUUCUCUGUCGCCAGUGAACCCUGAAAGCAAUGCCCAGAAGUUGCUGAUGAUAGAGGAAAGAUAAAGAAUGGCUCCACACUGACCCAGCCACCCAACCACCAUUUUCGAUUCUUCAAUACCAAUACCAAUCCAUCUUCUUCUGCUUCCUCAGUCUUCACCACGGCAGCACCCAAUAAUGAAUGAUCAGUCCCCCCUUCUGAUCCUCAGAUCCUUCCUGCUGCUGCUCUUACUUCUUCCCUUCUCCCUUUCUGAAGACGAUGUCAAGUGCCUGCGGGAGCUGAAGACCUCGGUGUCCGAUCCGCAAGGCAGGCUCGACUCCUGGAACUUCUCCAACACCACCGAGGGUUUCAUCUGCAAAUUCACCGGCGUGUCGUGCUGGAACGAUCAGGAGAACAGAGUCAUCCGUCUCGAGCUCGGCGAUCUCAGCCUGACAGGUGCGAUUCCCAAUUCCCUGCAAUUCUGCCACGCCCUCCAAACCCUAAAUCUCGCCGGAAACUCUCUCUCCGGUAAUAUUCCUCCCCAAAUCUGCACUUGGCUCCCUUAUUUAGUUACCCUAGAUUUGUCGCGAAAUGGUUUGACCGGCCCGAUCCCGCCGGAUCUCGCCAAUUGCUCGUAUUUGAACGAAUUGAUUUUGGACGACAAUAAACUGUCCGGGACCAUUCCCAACCAAAUUUCCAACUUAGGGAGGCUCAGAAAAUUCACUGCGUCAAGCAAUGACUUGUCGGGAAGAAUCCCGUCUUUCAGACGGGAUUUGGAGCUCAAUUUUGAUGGGAACAGUGGCCUCUGCGGUAGGCCAGUGGGGAAAUGUGGUGGAUUGAGUAAGAAAAGUUUGGCCAUUAUUGUUGCAGCAGGGGUUUUUGGUGCUGCUGCAUCAUUGCUGCUGGUUUUCGGUUUGUGGUGGCUUUAUUACACGAGGUCGUCUAAGAGGGGCAAGAAAGGGUAUGGAAGGGAUGAUGGGAGCAGUUGGAUUGAGGUUCUGAGAGGCCAUAAGCUUACACAGGUUGUCCUGUUUCAGAAGCCUCUUGUCAAGGUUAAGGUCGCUGAUUUGUUAGCUGCUACAGACAAUUUCAGCAAGGAGAACUUAGUGGUGGCGAGCAGGACAGGGACGACGUACAAGGCUGUCUUGCCGGACGGAUCUGCACUAGCGGUCAAGCGACUUAGCGCUUGUAAAAUGGGGGAGAAGCAGUUCAGGAUGGAGAUGAAUCGGCUGGGACAGCUGAGGCAUCCGAAUUUGGUGCCAUUGUUAGGGUUUUGUUUAGUGGAGGAUGAGAAGCUCUUGAUUUACAAGCAUUUGUCGAAUGGGACUCUGCGUUCCAUGCUGAGUGGUGAUAGCGGCGCCGGGGUAUUGGAUUGGAGAGCGAGGUUUAGUAUAGCGUUGGGAGCUGCAAGAGGGCUUGCAUGGCUCCACCAUGGUUUUCACCCUCCGAACUUGCACCAGAAUAUAAGCUCGAAUGUCAUACUUCUUGAUGAGGAUUUUGAUGCGCGGAUUAUGGACUUUGGUUUGGCGAGAUUCUUCACUUCAUCAGAACCGGAUGAGAGCAGCUUCCUGUAUGCAGAGUUAGGGGAAACAGGAUAUAUUGCUCCAGAGUAUUCGAGCACUAUGGUCCCUUCUCUCAAAGGGGAUUGUUUCAGUUUUGGAGUGGUGCUUCUUGAAUUGGCGACUGGACUGAAACCUCUUGAUGUUAGCAAGGUUGAUGAAGCAUUCAAGGGAAAUUUGGUCGAGUGGGUAAGCCAGCUUGACAGUGCUGGUCGGAUAAAAGAUGCUAUAGAUGGGAAGUUAGUCGGGAAGGGAGACGAGGAGGAGAUAGUGAGAUUCUUGAGAAGUGCCUGUAACUGUGUUGUGUCUCAGCCCAAGAAUAGGUGGUCAAUGUAUCAGAUUUAUGACUCACUAAAGAGUAUGGCUGAGGAAGGUGGCUUGGAAGGACACAAUGAUGGGUUUCCUCUGGUGUUUGGGAAGCCUCCUUUAACAGAAGGGGAACAAGAAUCAUGAGGUUCUUGUCUGAACACUAUGGUAUAUAUAUACAUAUAUUAUGCAACUGUAUGAUAAUACAUUUUAUCUGCAUAGACACUACUACCCAAGGCAUUCUUGUUGUUCCUAGUGUUUUUUGGCUAUGUACUUUGUGGUAACAUCUUGAUCAAUGUAAUUGCUCUGUGGUUGAGCUCCUUUGACCCUUGA